AGGUCCCGGGGUCACAGUAGCACAGUUCAGUGCCACCUUCAUCACCUGCACGCAGCCCCUCCAGAAGAUGGCUGGGUGGGAUGGCCACCCAGAGUGGUGACAGGAGUCUUGGCCACCACACACCUGGGCUGGCAUGACUGCCAACCACCUGAGCAUCCUCCUAGUUUGUUUUCCAUGGCACAACCUGCUGAAAUCUGGAGCACAGCCACAUCUCUGCCCUGCCCACUGAGUCCCGGGGCAGUGCCAGCAUCAUCAAGUGCUCACAGAAUCCAAUGAGCCUCCUGUGGAGGGCAGGCACAGAUAGGGGGAGUGGCAGAGUGGUGGGGGGAACCUGUAGAUCGUGUCUAGAAGAAACACAUCUUAUGAAACCCUAGCUUCCCUUGGCCACCCACAGGAAGCACAGGGACACUCACUCCCAAACUGAGCGCCCUUCCUGGUGUAGCCCGCCAGGCUCUGCAACCCGCUCAGUGCCACAGCUUCUCCGGAAUCCCUGCCAACACCAGAAUGCGGGACAUGGCUCCCCAGAGAGUAGCCAUCAUUGGUGCCGGUGCCUCUGGCCUGUGUGCCCUGAAAUGCUGCCUGGAUGAGGGGCUGGAGCCCACCUGCUUUGAGAGGAGCAAGGACAUCGGGGGCCUCUGGCGCUUCGAGGAGAACCCCGAGGACGGCCGUGCCAGCAUCUACCGCUCCGUCAUCAUCAACACCUCCAAGGAGAUGAUGUGCUUCAGCGACUUCCCCAUCCCCGAGGACUUCCCCAACUACAUGCACAACUCCAAGAUCAUGGAGUACUUCCGCAUGUACGCCCAGCACUUCGACCUGCUCCGCCACAUCCGCUUCAGGACCAGCGUGUGCCGCGUGUCCAAGCGCCCUGACUUUGCCACCACGGGCCAGUGGGAGGUGGUGACGGAGAGCGAGGGGAAGCAGGAGGCAGCUGUCUUCGACGCCGUGCUGGUGUGCAGCGGGCACCACACCGAUGCACAUCUCCCACUGAACACCUUCCCAGGGCUGGAAAAGUUUGAAGGCUCGUACCUGCACAGCCGGGACUACAAGAGCCCACAACCCUUUUCGGGAAAGCGGGUGGUCGUAGUUGGCACCGGGAAUUCAGGCAUCGAUAUCGCAGUGGAGCUGAGCCACACAGCCAAACAGGUUUUUCUCAGCACCAAGCGUGGGACCUGGGUGCUACACCGGGUGGCGGACAGAGGGUACCCCUUUGACUUCAGCUACCUCAACCGCUUCAGCCACUUCCGCACGAGCCUGCUGCCUCAAAACAUCACCAAUUUUUUCAUGGAGAGGAAGAUGAAUGCCCGCUUUGACCACAGACUCUAUGGCCUAAAGCCCCAGCACAGGUGA